AUGGAGCGUAGCCUAAUGCCGCAGAGCAUGCGCGUGAUGACGAGUUAUUCGAUCUCGUACGCCAUUGCUGGGAGCCCGCCGUCACGUGAUAUCAGAAGAUUGCUUGACGUUGUACGGCGGUUAAGUUUGAAUGAAAACCCCGGUGUUGGUGACGAUGCAAAGUUCAAAUUUUCUGCUUUGAGAGUUUCGGAAAGACGUGCUGUUCAUAUUAAUGUUGACGGAAGCCUCAAGUCUACCAUCGGAGUUUCGGACAUCACCGAUGGCCGCCACAUCUGGCGCAUGCUGGUGGCGGAGCUGCUGGGGACCUUCUUCCUGGUGUUCGUGGGCUGCGGGUCCACCAUGGCCUUCAACCGCGAAGCGGCGCCCAGCAACAUGCACAUCGCGCUCACCUUCGGACUCGCCGUCGCUUCCAUCGUCCAGCCACCGCCCGCCCUUUCACCCGCGUCCGCUGCGCGCCUGAGAGGAGGCGGCGGCGGCGGCGGCGGCGGCGGCGGCGGCGGCGGCGCCGCUCUGCCCGUCAAGUCAUUACCCGCCUGA